AAAGUUCCUAUCACGUGACCUUGUACUAACCACAGCCAAGGUUGAAGGUUAGAAAAAUGAAUAUCACCAGGCAGACAUUCCAUUUACUUCAAGAAGUUAUCAGUGUCAGUCGUAAACGCUUUCUACAGACUUCAACCUGCCUUAAAAUGCCGAUUAAAGAGGGAGAUUCGUUGCCCAACAUUGAUCUCUUCGAAGAGUCGCCUGCCAAUAAAGUUAACCUAAAUGAGCUCUCCUCGGGCAAAAAAAUUAUCAUCUUCGCUGUCCCCGGCGCCUUCACUCCGGGCUGCUCAAAGACUCAUUUACCCGGUUAUGUGAAAAAGGCCGAAGAGUUGAGGUCUCAAGGUAUCGCCGAGAUCAUUUGCGUCUCCGUGAACGAUCCGUUCGUGAUGUCCGCGUGGGGUAAGGAGCACAACGUGGGCGGUAAAGUGCGUAUGCUGGCCGACACUGGGGCGACAUUUACAAAGUCGCUCGAUCUCGGGCAAGAUCUGGCCCCGCUUGGCGGUUAUCGUAGCAAACGAUAUUCGAUGGUGGUCGAAAAUGGUAAAGUUCAGUCUUUGCAAGUCGAACCUGACGGUACCGGAUUAUCGUGCUCAUUGGUUGAAGCUAUCAAAUUGUAAAAUGUUGUCAAAGUGUAAAAUAAAUAUGUAGAAUUAAUUUGUUUACUAUGAAA